GGCGCCCCGAUGAGGUGAGCCAUGUCUGACCGCGCCGGACCCGCCUCGGACCCCGAGGGGUCGUCCUCAGCCUCCUCCUCGUCCCCCGGCUCCCCGCAGCGAGACGCCACGCCGGCCGGCUCCCAGGGGAUCCUCAUCCAGCUGCCAGGCGCCAAGGACGGGGCGGACUGGGAGAGCCCGGAGGGGAGCGAGCUCAUCUUCGCCCUGGACAAGGAUGAUGAGGAAGGAGCUGCCCACUGCCCGGAGGAGGCUGCUGUCUGCGUGGACACGGGGCUGCCGCAAACCCACCCCCAGGCCGCCUUCCAGCUGCCGUUCCCCAUGCCUUCCCCACCGGAGCCGGGCUUCCUGCCCAACCUCCCCUUCUGCAGCCUGCCCGGCUUCCCGGGGCAAAGCCCCCCGGCGCCGCCCGGCUUGCAGGCAUCCUCGAGCCCCCGGCCGCUCAUCAACCUGGUGAAGUCCCUGUCCACCGAGAUCGAGCCCAGGGACAGCUCCGCGCUCAAGCCCCAGCCCCUGCUGAGCUUGGUCAAGUCCAUCUCGACCGAGAUCUCCCGCCUGGAGCCCGAGGUGACGCCGUCCAAGUCGGACUCCAAGCUCCACGUGCACCGCUGGCGGCAAAUCACCCAGCCCAAGGGCCGGAACGGGGACUCGCGGACGGCCCCUUCCUCCCCCAGCGUCUCCCCCUCGGACAGCCGGGGCAGCUUCUUCAAGGCGCAGGAGGCCAAGUUCGAGGACACCAAGCGCCGGUUCUCCGAGGCCAUGCAGGAGCCCCUCAGCCGCCUCAGCAAGAUCAUUGGGGACGAGAACAACGCCUCGCCCAAGCACAAGCCCGGCGCCGGUGCCCACGACGUCCUGUCCAGCCACAGCGGAGACCCCGCCACCGCGGAGGCCAAGGCUUCCCGGGUCAGCCCCGCCAGAGCCGAGGGCGCGGGCAAGCCGAGCCGGAAGAGCCAGCCCAAGGACUGCGUCCCUUGGGGGCACAGGUGGGAGCCGACCUGGAACUGCCGGUACGAGAUCUGCUCCUACGGGGACGUGAUCCAGGUGGUGGAGGUGGAGCCGAGCGAGCGCGGCGUCGAGGAUGCCCGAUUGCUGCCGGCCCCGGAUGACGAGCUGCGCCCGGGCCCAGCCUGCAGCGUGGUGCCCUGCCAGACCCUGGCUUUCAUCGCCAUCGCGGCGUACAGCUACUUCAUCCUGCCUCUGCCCUCCUACCUCUCCGGCCUCUGCCUGGGGCUGGCUUGCGGCUUCCUCCUGGGCUUCCUGCUCAUCCUGUUCCUGGUGCCGCGGCGUUCCCUGUGCCCGCACCGGGCGCGGGGCCGGCAAGACCAGCUGCUGGAGCAGCUGGCGAGGAAGCCCCGGGACCCCCACAUGCUCAAGAGCUGGAUGAACGAGAUGUAUUUCUACGACCCCGAGAUCUACCACCCGCUGCUCACGCACUCCGUGUUCGUGACGCUGGAGGGCUGCGUCCUGAAGCUCUCCUACCCCAAGACCAACCUUCCGCGCCGAGCCACCUUCGACGAAGAGCUGCUCGACGUGGCCUUUGUCAGCCACCGGAGCUACGACAUGAGCAAUGCCAAGGUCUUUCUCUUCCCACCGGGCCUGGCUCGGAAGCGGAUGUGGAACAAGAAGUAUCCCAUCUGCAUCCUCUUCCCAGAGCACGACGACCUGGAUCUCAGAGGCGCCGGCGAGCCCGACGCAGCUGUCCAGAGAGAGGAGGGCCUGCGAAGAGCUGCGGUGCCGGGCCCAGAUGCAGCCACGAAGCCUCCCGGGGACCCCAGGGAAAGGACCCUCUAUCUCUUUGGGAGGACAGGCAGGGACAAGGAGGAGUGGUUCCAGCAUCUCGCAGCAGCCUCCUGCAAGGAGGUGCAAAGCCCCAGCGGCAGCGAAGUCCGAUCAGGGCUUGGGCCAGAGCAGCUCUCCAGCCCUUCGGGGAAAGGGGUCGGCAGCAACGGCAGCAGCCAGAGCAGCACGGAGGACAUCCCUUCCCUGCUGAAGCCCAAGGAUGUCGUGGGGACCAUCCGGCAGAAGCUGCUCCUGGAUUACGGCGCCUACAUGUCUCGCCUGGUGCAGCCGGACGUGGCGCCCAGCCCGCUCCCGAGCCCCUGCGCCAGCUCUGCGGGCAGCCCGACCCCCAGGAAGGUCCCUGGGGACGUGGACGGCAGCAGCGAGAGCUACAUGGCCUGGAUGAAUGCCCUGGUUGGCCGCAUUUUCUGGGAUUUCCUGCGAGAGAAGUACUGGGCGGACCAGGUGUCCAACAAGAUCCAGAAGAAGCUCAGCAAAAUCAAGCUCCCGUACUUCAUGAACGAGCUGGCGCUCACUGAGCUGGACAUGGGGACGUCCAUCCCCCUGGUUCUCAGUGCUGCCAACCCCACCAUCGACCGCCGAGGGCUCUGGGUGGAUCUGGAAGUCACCUACAGCGGGUCCUUGCAGAUGACCCUGGAGACCAAGAUGAACCUGUGCAAGCUGGGGAAGGAGGCGCUGGCCGAGGAGAGCGGGCAGGCGGACCCCGGUGGGGAGCGGGUGAAGCCACGGGCCAAUCUCUUGGCAGACAGCGAUGCAGAGUCCUCCAGCGCUGGCUCCUCGGACGAGGAGGAUGUCCCCGCAGCAGAGCCCUCUGGCGCUCUGGGAGAGAGGAUCGUGCCCCCCACCACCGAAGGGCUGACGGCCCACCCUUCCCCGCCGCUGGGCCACGUCGGGGGCAACAGCACCAGCCGCAAGAUCCUGCGCUUCGUGGACAAGAUCGCCAAGUCCAAGUACUUCCAGAAAGCCACCGAGAACGAGUUCAUCAAAAAGAAGAUCGAGGAGGUGUCCAACACGCCGCUGCUGCUGACGGUGGAGGUCCAGGAGCUGUCGGGGACCCUGGCUGUGAAUGUCCCUCCACCCCCAACGGACCGAAUCUGGUACAGCUUCCGGCUCCCGCCCCAGCUGGAGAUGAGAGUCCGCCCCAAGCUGGGGGAGCGGGAAGUCACCUUCAUCCACGUCACGGAGUGGAUCGAGAAGAAGCUGCAGCGCGAAUUCCAGAAAAUCUUGGUGAUGCCAAACAUGGAUGACCUCAUUGUGCCCAUCAUGCGUGCUGGGAUGGACCCCCGGCCGCCCGCCGCGGGGCCCUGAAAGGCCGGGCUUGCGCACAACAAGACGACGGACUCCGAAGGUUGAUUUUGGGGCCUGGAUGCUGUAGAGGACUGGGGCGGUCGCUGAUGGGCCCUGCUGAGCUGGGCUGGGAACUGCCUGCCUGCCGGAGCCGGGCGCCAGCCUGGAUCUUCGUGGUUCAUCUCUUCAUCUUGUUUCCAGCAUGCCUCGCCCCGGCUACGGGACCUCUCCUUUAACUAUCCGCAGCGCAGCAAGGGCACAAGCCUUCUCACCCGGCGAGGGAGCAGAGGGGAGAAGAAAUCUCCUCCUCUCCUCCUGGGUCCCUGUGGAUUCCUACACCCACUUCAGGCCAGGUGGGAAAGGUCCGUGGCUGCGGGAUGGGCUUGGCAUGGUCCUGAAAUGGGAGCUCCAAGCUACCAGGACCCGAGUCGGCACCGGCCUUGGCACGGAGCACCUGAGUCUGUCGGGAACAUUGCAGGCAGGAAAGAAAUAGAGACAAAACCCCUCCCUUCCCUCCUCCUGAUACCCAGUAGCUGUGACUGGUCCCUGGCCCCCUGCACAGUGGGGUUGAGUAUCAUGCCCUGCUGGAAGAGAGCAUGUGGGUGUAAAAGGCUGUCUGUGCAUCUGUCUGGGGUACACGGCCCCUGUCCAGGAACAUGCCCGUAAUCCCCCUGCCCUGGGGCGGAGCCCUAGGAAGGCACCCUGUCGGUCUCCUUCUGGUGGGUCCCUUUGCUCCAGAUGUUUUCCUGGGGUCAUGCAUGCAAACCUCCAGCCGUCUGGCACAUGUCAGGGCUGGGCAGAGGCAGGAGCAUCCGAAUGUGAGCCCGGGGGCAGCGAGGAGUGGAAUGGUUGCCUCCCCCGUGCAAUAAUGGCAUUAGCUUCUGGCCAGGGAAGUCCCCAAGCUGCGUGCAAUCCAAGGGCUUUGCAAACCUCCAUGGGUGUGCUGGGGCUGAGCAGGGUGGGCUGGCACAGCCAAAUAAAGGUUUGCAUCAAUCUGUCA